UGUGUGUGUGUGUGUGUGUGUGUGUGUGUGUUUUAAAGUGUACUUAAGAGUCCCGCCUUCUCUGGGAGUUUCCAUCCCGGUCGACUCCAGGCUUUAUGUGCAGCACCUGUUCACUCGGCCCCUCUGCUCACUCUGACACAUACGCUCUCUCUCACACAUACACACACACACACACACAGACACACACACACACACACACACACAGUCUCUCCACACACUCACUUCAAACCUCCUAGAUCGCAGAGCAGAACUUCCAGCAGUUUUCCUCCUCUGGGAAUUCUUCAAACUACGGAAAGUGUCUGCUUAACUCUGGAUUCCUGUCAAGCAUGCCUGACGUUCACACAGUGAACCUGAACUUCUGGAUGGACUGUGAGGAACUUUGGAGAACUUUUCCUGAUGCUUUGCUGGAACAUGAUAUGAGCUGUUGAUGGUUCUCGAUUGUCCAACUCUUUUGUUUUUGGUUCUGUCUUGGAUUUUGGAGAACGUCUGCAGAUUGCAAACUUCGAGAACGUUGCAGAAUCUGAGGACUCACGUGUGAGGACUCGUCUCCAUCACGACUAUGUGGUUUCCACUUCUCCUCGCCUCGUUAUUCCGCGUGCGGGAUGUGUGUGUGAGGAACGAGUUCUCUGUGUGCUCAUGCUGAACGGGACUCCAGCGUGUAUCCAGUGUGUAAAGCUGAGCCAAAUGAUUCCUCUUCUUCUCUUCUCUCUUCUGGUGUCUCUUCUUCAUGGGUUGGACGUGGAAUCCACGCUCCUCACUAAGCUUCACCACUCCAAUGGAAAAGAGCACAAUGGAGUUCAGGAGUCUCAGCACGAAAAGGUAGUGAUGGUCAGCGGGGACGGAGUCGUCCACAGUCCCGGGUUUCCACACACUUACCCACGCAGCACUGUGAUCGUGUGGAGGCUCGUGGCAGCCAAUGAGAACGCCAGGAUCCAGCUGACCUUUGACCCCCGAUUUGGCCUGGAGGAUCCUGAGGACGACGUGUGCAAGUAUGACUAUGUGGAAGUGGAGGAACCUGAUGGAGGUAUGGUGCUAGGUCGUUGGUGUGGCUCUCAGUCUGCUCCUGGCCCGCAGACAUCCAAAGGGAACCAGAUUCGCAUUCGCUUCGUUUCAGACGAGUACUUUCCCUCUGAGCCGGGUUUCAGCGUCCACUACUCUGUCCUGCAGCAGAAGCCGGCCGUGCCCGCCGUCAUGCCCGUGGCUGUGCACAGCGUGGAGGCUCUGAGCGACGCCAUGUCUGAAUUCGGCACGGUGGAGGAGGUCCUGAAAUACCUGGAGCCUGAUCGCUGGCAGCUCGACCUGGAGGAGCUUUACAAGCCCACAUGGCACGUCCUGGGCAAGUCCUUCUUCCACCAGAAAAAAACCAGAGGUCCUGAUGCUGAAAUUCCGUCCAGGUCGAGGCUCGCAGAAGUCGCUGACGGACGUGGCGCUGGAGCAUCACGAGGAGUGCAACUGCGAGUGCAAGAACGACUGAACGAGGAGCUUGACGGAGGAAAUAUUUAUUGGAUGGACUUUGUUUUCACUACGGUGUUCAAGCUAAUAAAACGAGAGAUGAACAUGGUUUAUGGGGACUUGGCUCCGGUACUGGUCAUCUCACAGAAUGUUCGGUGGAGCGGUCCAGUUGAAAUAUUGGACGGGAUGAUGGAUCAUUUAACGUUGAAACAAAACGGGCAAAAAAAAAAAAAAAGAUUUGUUUUUUUUUUUUUUAAAACGAUCUCUGCUUCUGAUUACGCCCCAGAAAAGGACGUGAGCAUUUUCCACGCUGUUUUUUUUUUUUUUUUUUUUUUUUUUUAAACCUUCUGACGUUCUUCAUCCUUCUCCAAACCUCACUGGAUUUUUUUUUUUUUUUUUUAGGACGCUUUUGAUACCUUGAACCUCUUCACUGGAGGUCUCUGUGGACCAAAGGAGAACCUCCAGCUUACUUACCGAACGUACUUUUUUAAUUCGAGACAGAAAGGAGGACAGAGACUCUGCCUACGUCGUCUUUACGCUACAUUCGGCUCCAUAAAGUGUGAAAGAUGAAAGUUGGCAUUCUGGAGGCUUGGGGAACGUUCAGGGACAGAAAAGAGUGCAGAAGAGGGGUGUUUUUUUUUUUUUCUUUUUCUUUUUCAGUGUCCUUUCUGCAGCUCAUUCAUCAACCGUCCCACGGUGGGGUUCGAGACGAGCGAGGAGGCCCGACUGAGCUCUUUCUGUAGAGUUUUGUGCAUUUUCAGUGAUGUAAAUAGCCAGCCUGUUCUGGUUUUCUUGAGUUUUGUAUCUUAGUUUUUUGUUUGUUUGUUUUUAAAUCAGCCUUUUUUAUGCGGAUCACGCCGUCACACUGUUUCACACCCGUUCCUCCUUAUUAUAGUGUUCAUCAGUCACGACUCCAUCACAGCAAACUCCACAGUGUCGAAUGAGCUCUUAUCGGACAUGUCAAGAUAUGUCAAAUAUAGACACGCAUAAAGUUCUUCGAAUAUGUCAUUUCAGCCUUUUUACCGCCCUCUGUAAACCUAACAUCGGACUCUCAGGCCAAGUACUAAUUUGAGUCAAGACGCGACAGUGAAAUACAGUAAGCUUUAAUGCGACGAUUACGUACAGAUUUACGAAGCUUAAUCAAGCAUUUAAUAAUCGCCGUAUAGUGAAUGUAAAAUCCAUCAUUACAGCACGAAACUAAAGGAACUAAUACAGAAAACAUCACCAUUGGUUCGGGCGUCUUGGAGAUCACAUGAUAAUAACUGACGUCUGAUUAGAUCAGAUUUAUAAACUUGGGAACGAGGAUUCCAGGAAGACGGCGCUCUGGUGGUCGAAUACGGCGUUGCAGCAGAAUUGACGGCGAAUCGAUUCAAACAAAAAGUCGUGUUUAUUUAUUUAAAAGUUGUCUCAGAAGGAAUUCUGUAGCUCUCGUGUGAAUUUCAGUGUAAAAGCGUCAAAUCCCAAGAGAGUCGAUCUCGAAGAAGACCAGAAAUAUGAAUCAUUAACGGUUCAACUCCGCCCCUCAAACAAACCCCUUGUAUAAACACCGGAGGCGCUGCUUCACUCCACUGCUCGAAGAGUUCGUUCAACACUGUGAGUUUUGCCGUAUACAGAUAUAGACGUGAAAUAAACAGCGUUCACGAGUAAAAUGUAUUCUUAAAGAGUGAAAGCGAUGUCAGGCGGUUUUAUUAUAAUAUAAGUAUCAUUUGUCCCUUUUUGGAAGAUCUUUCGAAAACUUUAAUAUACAUCUAUAUCAAUAGCCUGGACUUUAUAUUUAAACACUAAUCAUCACGUCUGAGUCUUCCAUCUGUCCUUCAUCCAUCCAUAUAUACAUCCAUCCAUCCAUCCAUCCAUCCAUACAUACGUCCAUCCAUCCAUCCAUACAUGCGUACAUCCUUUUCCUUCCUUUUCUUUAUUUUACAUUUACAUUUAUUCAUUUAGCAGACGCUUUUCUCCAAAGCGACUUACAAAUGAGAGAAUUUUCACUGGAAGUUUUAUUAUUUCUGAUAAAAACAGACUGUAAAAUGUCUCGUCGUUGUAUAUGUGCUCUCUAACGGCCGUCUAAUGCGUAUCUAUUAUUAUUUAACUUCAUGUGCAAAAUGGGAAAAAAUAACGGACUGGAUUUGAUGCUUUUCAUUGUGCUGGUGUUGAUGUUCUGGUGUGUGUGUGUGUGUGUGUGUUUGUGUUUGUUUGUUUGUUUUUUCCCCUGAAAUUUCUCUGUAUUGUUCUUCGACCCAUAAACCAUUAAACACAGGUUCAGACUACACUCUGGUGUCAUGGAGGAGUUAUACCCGAGAUAUAAAUGCAUUAGAACACACUUGAUGGUUUAAUAACGGCAGCGUGACGAUCUCGUACAUUAUUUAGUACAACGCUGAUGUGCAAAAGUUUGUAUCCCCUGUGGGUUUUGGUUGGAAAAUGGGAAGAAAAGAAAAAAAAAACAACACCUUUAUUGUACACUUUACCUCGGGACAGAAUCAUUAAAAGAUGUCAGGAAUCAGAAUUUUUUUUUUUUUGCAUGAAUGUUCGAAUCUCAUGCUUGUUCCAUGAUGUGUCCAUUAUACAUUACGAAAACACUCUGAAAGAAGGAAGGUUCCAGUUAGAACCAGUAAGGGGAUUUUCAGCCUGAUGACGUACGGGAACUCUUUUAAGUUGCACAAAGAAGGCUUUACUCUCAAGUUCUUCAGAGAACCAUCUAUUUACCGGUGCUUUAAAGAACCCACAAAUCGUUCUUCAUAGCGCUACCACAAGGAACCAUGUCAUUAUAAGUUCUCUAAACAAAAACAAAACAAAAAAAAACCUUACUCCUUUAAGGAACCAAAAUAGGGUUCUUACGAGAGAUGCCAGGAGAACCUUUUCCAGUCCGACAAACAACCUGACAGGGUUCAGUCCAACCUGUUAAUAAUGGUGACUUGAAGAACCAAUACACUGCCCAGAAGAACCUAUAAUAAACCAUAAAUAACUUCCUUAAUCUCCAGAGAACCAUACGGCUCAACUCAAGAACCGUAUACCAAGACGAAGGUUCUUUGUGGAUCUGUGGUGGUCCUUCUGUAAUCUGUAAAUGUUCAACACAUUUGUUAUCCAUGUAUUAUUAGUCUCAGAUUACGUCGAGGAUCCACUGUCCAAGUCCCUGUGAAUGAGCGGUUACUAUAGAAACGAUAACGUAUCAGAACAAGCGCGUUAAUAUAAGCCUGGCGUUCGUGUUACAGCCGGAACUACUUCCCGAGCCCUGUUAAAGUAAAAACCGAUCCGAUCCGAGAACCGAACAGCGUCGUGGUCUAAAGAAGCGAUCUGACCGAGCUGACUGUUGAGCAGAAACACGAUCUGAACCCAUGCUAACGUUAGCGUAUGUCGUCUAUCACACCGUGAUUCCCCAGCAGAGAUAAAGUGGCGUCUUUCAGCUGACGCAGAAGUCAUCUUUCCUGAAUUAAGAGCGUGACGUUUCUCAUCUUUCAGCGUCUUUCCCCCCUCGCUUCGCCACGUUCGGCUCUUUGGUGGGACGGAUUUCAAUCCGCUGUCAUUCGAGACGCGUCUUUUACACUUUGAUCCUCAAAGCAGGAGGACCGAGUCUCUAAAGGAAGCUUUUAGAUCCAUCAUCUCCUCCGAGCGUCUUUCAGCAGGUCUGAGCACAAGGAAUGUUUAUCUGGAUCCGGGGGAGGGGAAAAACAAACACGGGAGAAGUUUCAGCUCAUCUUCUGGCGGCUCAGUCGACGCUUUAAAGCACGCACGCGCACACUUUUGAGUUAUUAGAAAUCCCGAGUUAUCUUUUUUGUUUAGCUUGGAAUGUUUAACAAAAACGCAUUUUAUUUUCUUCGGAGCAAACACAUCUUUUUUAAAAAAAAAAAAAUUAAAAAAAAAAGGGUUUUAAUUCUUUAUUUCCUGUGUGCUGUCCUCGUGUGUUUUGACGAUUGAGGAUACACAGGUUAAAUAAUUAAGGAUGAUAAUUAAUCAAGUUGAGAUCAAGUAAAACCUGACAAACGCAAAACCAAGAAAAAAAAAGAAAAGAAAAAAAAAAAGGA